AUGUCUUCCUCUAUAAAAGUAGCCGUACGUGUACGGCCCUUUAAUACGCGAGAAAAAGAUAUGCAGACUCAGUGCAUUGUUGAAAUGGACGGCAAGAAAACGCGUAUUUUGAGACCAAAACAACAAUGUGUACGCGAUGCAGGUAGGGAGAAUCACCACGAUUUUACCUUUGACUAUUCAUAUUGGUCUUUCAAUGAGAAUAGCAGUCAGUUUGCGACCCAAGAGCAAGUUUAUAAUGAUCUGGGAACCGAUGUUGUCGAAUGUGCUUUCCAAGGGUACAAUGCUUGCGUGUUUGCUUACGGUCAAACAGGUUCCGGCAAAACGUUCACUAUGAUGGGUACACUCGAAAAUCCAGGUCUUAUACCGAAAAUAUGUCAAGAGAUGUUUGCACGUAUGCGCGUGGGUCAGGAAUCGGGUACGGGAUACAAGACUCAAGCCAGUUACUUGGAAAUUUACAAUGAGAGGGUAAAGGAUCUCCUAGGUGCUCAGGCUGUUGGUCACGGUCUAAGAGUCCGCGAGCAUCGCUCGUUGGGCCCUUACGUAGAGAAUUUGUCGCAACAUUCUGUGGCAAAUUUUGACGAAAUACAAGAAUGUAUUACUCGUGGCAAUAUCCAGCGGACAACUGCUAGCACAAAUAUGAACGAUACCAGUAGUCGAAGUCAUGCAAUCUUCACCAUAACGUUUGUUCAAGCAGUUUUUAUGAAUGACAUGCCAAGUGAAACAGUAUCGAAAAUCCAUUUGGUAGAUUUAGCAGGAAGCGAGAGAGCGAAUGCCACCGGGGCGACAGGUCAGCGUUUAAAAGAAGGAGCACACAUUAACAAGUCGCUUGUAACUCUCGGUAGUGUCAUAUCAGCUUUAGCGGAGCAAACUAAUUUCACUAAUUCAAAUCAAAAUAAUAGCGGCAACGUCAUCUCAAAACGUGUGCUUUAUAUACCAUAUCGCGACUCUAUACUGACAUGGUUAUUAAAAGACAGUUUAGGAGGCAAUAGCAAAACUAUUAUGAUUGCUGCUUUAUCCCCAGCUGACUGCAAUUACAGUGAAACUUUAAGUACGUUGCGCUACGCCAAUCGCGCUAAAAAUAUUAUCAAUAAACCUACAAUUAAUGAAGAUGCUAACGUUAAACUUAUACGCGAACUGAGAGAAGAAAUUGCUAAACUUAAAUCCAUGUUAAAUGGAGAUGUCCGUGCUUUUCAACCAUCUUCGAAAAUGUUGGAAGAUCUUCAUAAAAAAGAGGCACAAGAAAAGGUACUUACUGAAGAAUGGACUGAAAAGUGGAAAGAAGCACAAUUAAUUCUACAAGAACAAAAAAGUCUCGGUCUCCGGAAGUCCGGUGUAGGCGUAGUCUUGGAUUCCGAAAUGCCGCAUUUGAUUGGCAUCCACAAUGAUAUCACCACGGGCGUUACGCUUUACAGCCUUAAGGAGGGCGAAACAUUUAUAGGAAGUGAAUGCACAAGGACUCCACCUGAUAUUGCCUUGAACGGCGACGGUAUACGCCAACAACAUUGCAGUAUUGUAUUGAGGGACGGUGUCUGCACGCUACACCCACGUCCUAUGGCCCAAUGCUGGUUAAAUGCGCAUUUGAUUGAAGAGCCCGUAACUAUUUCUCAAGGUGACAUCAUAUUGUUGGGCCGCACAAACAUAUUCCGCUUUAAUAACCCAGCUGAGGCAGCUAAAAUGCGUAGGGAGUGUAGCCGUUCGCAAUUGGACAUGUCUCGUCUGUCCUUAAUUACGUCCUCUCGUGAGAAUUUGCUUAGCUCGAGUUUUUAUUCCGAAGAAGACAAUAUGAAUAAUUGCAUAGUAUCACCUCUGAAGCCUUAUGAAAAACAAUACCAUCCCACAAAGCCAGUGACUCGGGACGAUCCUGAAAUGCAGGAUGAAAAUCGUAAAAUUCUCGAAACAAUUGAAAAUGCCUUAAAACAAUUAAAUAUUGAACGAGUACAAAUGCAUGAACAAUAUAAAAUCAAAGUACAAAAGCUUUCAAGUGAAUUAAAACGCUUAGAAUGUGAGGAAAAAAACGACUUUGAAUAUGUGCACUGUAAAGAAAAUGAAUUAAUUGCACGCCGAGAUAUGUUGCUCUGGGAGAAGAAUAAUGAGAAAGUGCAGAUCGACAUUUUAUGCCGGCAAAUAUCGGCCUUGCAAAUGCAAUUAGAUUCAAAGAAGCGAGACUUUUCUGAAUAUGUUGCUAAAGAGUUGCAAGAGCUACAAGAUUGCGGUAAAUUAGAAGAGAUAGAUGUAAAAAUUGAUGACUCGACAAACCGGAUUGAUGAUAUACUGCUUCAAGCUGCCGAAUCACUUGACUCAUAUGCCUCGCAAUUCAUAAAAGAUACUGUUAAAAAAAUGAAUGAAGAAAUUCAUUGCCUAGAAAAAUAUGUAUCUGAAAAGGAACACCUUUUGAAUGCCAGUACAAAAAAAAUCGUACAACUCGAUGAUUCUCUCCUCCAAAUAAAGGAAGAAUUAAAGAAUUUGCACGUAAUCUAUGAACAGAACGAAUCUCAAAGAUUAAAUCUAAAAAGGGAAAGCUUAAAAUUAAAUGUAAAUGCAUCAUCGAGCUUUCCCGUAACGUCUACGCCCUCUAGUAGUUAUUCGACGUCUGAGGAUGUGGAUGAUAAUGAUGAUCUAUUGUCGGUUUCACUUUCCCGCCCUUUAAAUAAUACGAACAAUACCCAUAAUAUUGCCGCCGAUCUCAACUUGGUUUGCUCGAACGUCUUGAUGAGUGAUAGUGGUGUUUGCCUCGAUCAAGUCAAAUCGACCCAUAAUAAUGAGAAAGAUUUUAGUGUCCAAGUUGCAUUGGCUGAUGAUCAAAAUGAGCAAGAUGCGGCUUCAUGUUCGUCAUGUGAGAUAAAUCAAAAUACAAAUAACAUAAUUCGAGUGCAUUGCCCAAUGCAGAGUUUAAGACGCAAAAUCGCUGCCCAUAAAGCUUUGAUUAUGAAAAAUCUCGAAGUAGAUGUGGAUAAAAUGCAAUUGGACAUACAGAGCGCUGAAUUGCAGGAACUUCAACGUCAGUGCAUUCGAAUGGAGAAGAAAAUGCUUAACUCGGAAAGCAAUAGCAACAAUCAUGAGUUCUGUUGCAACGAACAAGAAAGUUUAGAGGGACACAUUAACGGCAGUAUUUUCAAGGAGGCACAAUGCUAUGAGGAAGAACCCAAUCGCGUCGCUACUCUUAGCGACCCCAGAUCCGAAAGAGAUUUUUCUAAUGCAGAUCAUUUAAUUACAAUUCCCACGUUUGUAAUGCGUGGAGCCGGAAAGCAAACACACUACGAAUAUGAAGUUCGUAUUGUUGUACCAGACGGAAAGCUUUGCAUUUUGCGCCGCUACAGCCGGUUCCGGGAGUUACACAUGAGCAUGAAAAAUUUAUAUGGAGCCAAGAUUGUCGCUUUGCCCUUUCCACGUCGAGAGUUGUUCUCUUCAAGCAGUGAAUCGGUGGCAAAGCAUAGACGACGUUUACUUGAAUUGUAUUUACGUCGCCUAAUUGCAGUUUGCACUCGUAUACCACAAAGCCCGAUUUAUGAGGGCGCCAGCGGACCAGGAUUAACACGUAUUACCUUAUCUCGGUUGUCGCCUUUCUUCAAAAAGGGGAUCUUCGAGAACGGAAAGUAUGGGACGGGAUAAUAGUAUAUUUACUGCUAAAUUAUCUUCUACCUGCAGUGUGUCUUUUUGUUUAUAUUUACUACUUAUUAGGUUAUAUGUGUGGACAUCGCAAAGUCUCG